UCUUCCGCUCCUUAGCUUAACAACAGGUGAACAAGCGAAGCUCCAACUCUUAUGGUGUUAUAUACCAUAUUGUCUGUCUCAGUGUUUCUCCGAUCGGAAAAGAAAAAAUGGGUUUAAUUUCACUGAGAAAUUGCUGUACAUUUGCACACCGAAAUCGAAAUGUUAUCGCAAAAGCAAAAGCAACGAGACAUGUUGUUAAUCAUCCCAAAUCGUUCAACUUUUGCACCUCUCAGACCUCAAAACAAAGCGAGGAGGAUACUGUCAAAGAAAUUUUGGCCUCUCUCAAACAGAGCAACUGGCAGUACCUCAUGGAGUCGUCGGGCAUGCCCAAGAAGCUGAACCCAGAAGUGGUUCGGUCCGUUCUUUGCCAGAACCAGGUGAGUGACCCCAAACGCCUCCUCCAUUUCUUUGACUGGUCCGCUUCUGUAAUGGGUAUUCCUCAGAAUCUGAAUUAUUUUUCGAUUCUGGCUAUUGGUUUGUGCAAUUCGAGGCUCUUCGCGCUUGCUAAUGGCGUCCUGGAGCGGAUGGUGGGAACCCGGAAGCCGCCGUUGGAAAUUCUUGACUCUAUUGUUAGGGGCUAUACAGAAUGUGGUGGGUCUAAUGUAGUGGUUUUUGAGAUUUUGGUUGAUGCUUAUAAGAAAAUGGGGUUGAUGAAUGAGGCUGCUAGUGUGUUUUUGGAAGCUAAAAAUGGUGGCUUUUCCCCUGGUUUGGUAUGUUGUAAUUCUUUGUUGAAGGACUUGGUCAAGUGUACUAGGAUGGAGUUGUUUUGGAAGGUGUACGAUGGGAUGUUAGAGUCUAAGAUAAGUCCUGAUGUUUAUACUUAUACUGCUGUGAUUAAUGCGCAUUUUAAGGUUGGGAAUGUUGAGGAGGUUAGAAGAGUGCUUUUUGAGAUGGAGGAGAAGGGUUGUAGUCCUAAUUUGGUUACCUACAAUGUGGUGAUUAGAGGGUUGUGCAAAAGUGGGGCUGUUGAUGAAGCUCUUGAGCUGAAGAAGUCCAUGGCUGGGAAGGGGUUGGUCCCGGAUACAUAUACUUACUCUUUACUUGUUGAUGGGUUUUGCAAACAGAAGCGGUCGGAAGAAGCAAAGUUGAUAUUGGAAGAGAUGUUUGACCUGGGUUUACAUCCCGACCACUUUACCUGUACUGCUUUGGUUGAUGGGUUCAUGAAACAAGGUAAAGCAGAAGAGGUGUUGAGAAUCAAGGACGAGAUGGUUGCCCGUGGAAUACAGUUGACUUUGGUGACAUAUAAGGUGCUUGUUAGUGGGUUCUGUAAGGUUGGUGAGAUGAAGAAGGCCAUAGCUCUUUUGAAUGAGAUGAUUGCCAUGGGGAUAAAACCUGAUACUCAUACUUUUAACCUUUUAAUGGAUGGGUAUUACAAACAGAAAAAUAUGCUCAAGGCUUAUGAGCUGCUUCUUGAGAUGAAGAAGAGGAACUUGGCACCCACAGUGUUCACUUACGGUGUGAUAAUAAAUGGUCUAUGCCGCUCUGGAGAUCUGCAAAGGGCUAAUCAUGUUUGGGAGCAAAUGAUUGAUGCGGGUAUGAAGCCAAAUGCUGUCAUAUACUCAACUCUAAUCAAAGGCCAUGUCCAAGAAAGCAGAUUUGACGAGGCAAUAAGGAUAUUUAAAGGAAUGGGGGAGAAGGGCGUUCUGCCCGAUGUCUUUUGCUAUAAUUCUCUUAUAAUUGGCCUCUGCAAGGCUGGAAAGAUGGAAGAUGCAAAGACUUUCUUAGUUGAAAUGAUUGAGGGUGGAUUGAAGCCUAACGCAUAUACUUAUGGGGCUUUUAUUGAUGGAUAUAGUAAAGUGAGGAAUAUGCAAUUAGCAGAUAGGUAUUUCAAAGAAAUGCUAGGUUGUGGUAUAGCGCCUAAUGAUGUAGUCUAUACGUCCCUGAUUGAUGGGCACUGCAAAGAGGGUAACGUAACCGGAGCCUUUUCAGCAUUUAGAUGUAUGCUUGGACGAGGGGUCAUCCCGGAUGUCCAAACUUAUAGUGUCCUCAUCCAUGGUCUCUCUAGGAAUGGAAAAAUUCAGGAAGCGAUGGAGGUUUUCUCUGAACUCCUUGACAAGGGUCUGGUGCCUGAUGUUUUCACUUACAGCUCUCUCAUUUCUGGCUUCUGUAAGCAAGGUGAUUUAGGGAGAGCUUUUCAACUCCAUGAAGAUAUGUGCCAGAAAGGCAUUACUCCGAACAUUGUUACAUAUAAUACCUUGAUCAAUGGACUUUGCAAGUCAGGUGACAUGGAGAGAGCUAGGGAACUGUUUGAUGGAAUCUCAGAAAAGGGUUUGGCUCCUAAUGGUGUGACCUAUGCUACAAUUAUAGAUGGAUACUGCAAAUCUGGAAAUUUAACUGAGGCAUUUCAAUUAAUGGAAGGGAUGCCAUCAAAGGGGGUUCCACCUGAUUGUUUCAUCUAUUGUGCCCUUGUCGAUGGGUGCUGCAAAGCAGGAAACUUGGAGAAGGCCCUGUCCUUAUUUCAAGAGAUGGGGAAGAAGGGCUUUGCUUCCACGUCUUCUUUCAAUGCUUUGAUUGAUGGCUUCUGCAAAUCCAAAAAGUUGGUGGAAGCUAACCAAUUGUUUGAAGACAUGGUUGAUAAGCAUGUGACCCCGGAUCAUGUGACCUACACAAUUCUGAUUGAUUUCCACUGCAAGGCAGGAGUAGUGGAGGAAGCUGAGCGGCUCUAUCUGGAAAUGCAAAAAAAUAAUCUCAUGCCAAAUAUUCUAACUUACACUUCACUUUUACAUGGUUACAACAGCAUAGGGAGCAUAAAUAAGAUGUUUGCGCUUUUUGAGGAGAUGGUGGCAAGGGGGAUUGAGCCUGAUGAAAUAAUAUAUGGCAUGAUAGGUGAUGCUUACUGCAAAGAAGGUAAUUUGAUGAAAACUUUAAAGUUGGUAGAUGAUAUAUUGGUCAAGGGUGUGAUCUUGAAUAGUGAUGUAUAUGAUGCACUGAUAGAUGCCCUGUGCAAAAAGGAAAAUUUUUCUGAAGUGUUAAAGCUACUUGAUGAACUGGGAGGGCAAGAACUUUUUCUAAAUCUUUCUACAUGUAGAACUCUAAUCCGCGGUUUUUGCAAAAUGGGAGAUAUGGACAAUGCAGCGAAGGCUUUGGAGAAUAUGAUUAGAUUUGGAUGGGUUCCUGACUCCUGUUUGAGUGACUUAAUCAAUGAAGGCCACGAUGAUGUAAUCUCUAAGAAAUCUGUCGAUAUCUUGAAGCAAGCAGUAUCUGGAGUUGCUUAUCAAGCAUAAGCUUAAUUACUUAGAGAACUGGAAUUUCUGCUCCUAGUGCUUCCUAUCUAUGGGUUCAUGUUAUCAAGUGCAGGUUCUGGCCUGAGUCGGGUGCUGAAGUGAAUUAACCCGAAAUUUGGUAUAGCAGGUUGAGGUGACAGCGGAUCUCGGUAUCCACAAUUUGCAGCUUCGGUAUUGUGAUAAUCAUUGUGGUUCUUCUGACCAAAGCAGUGGAUUCGGGGCUUGGAAAGGUAGCACUGUUUUGUAUCCUCUUUUGUUAGAUAAAAUCCUCAGUGAUAACAUUUUUCUUUUAUGGAAUGGGGUGGGUUUGAUGACCAUUCUAUAUGUUUCUUAAAGCAACUAAGGUGGAAAGAUGAGAAACGGAAAGGAAAGAGUUAUAAUUGGAUAAAUUUGGUGGUACGGGGUGCCAGCAACAAAGAUGAAGGCAGGCUGUGAUGAUUGUGAGGGAGAUGGAUUGACUGGUGGUGAUGGCAACAUAUAUAAAACAAUGAGGCCGAUGAAUUUGCUAGCAAUACUUGCAAAAGUAGCAGCCAAAAUCAGGAGUUGGCUUUUUCUUUCCUUUUAGUAAGAAAAGCUUGUUGAAUUUGUGCGCUGGUCGUUAUUACCAUGAGAGAAUUGAGAUUCCUAUUGAUCAUUCCUUACUAUGUAGUUUCUUCCUUUGUAACUAUGGCUGUUAUUGCUCCAGGGGCUGAUGUUGUUCAGCAUUCAAAGUCGGUACAUUUUAUUUUUGUUUACAUAAUCUGCUUAUGGUGCAACUCCUUGCCUGUUGAAUGUCUUCAUCACAUUUGUCUGUUCAAAUUCCAUGGAUUCUACAAGAACAUCAAAUUACAGGUAUUGAAGGUUUGUA